CCCUUCUUUUCUGGUGCACCCCCCUCCGAGCAGCUUCAACCCUUUCUGUCUUUUUAGGACGACAUAAAUAGAACUAUUAAUCUUUGAUAACAGCUGGUCGUAAUAAUAGCAGCACUUCUGUGUUGCUAUGUUGACAUAAGUGGUAGAACAUUUUCUCAUGGAGAGGUCGUGGUAGAUACCCGCCAUCUGCACUUGCUUCCUCCUUUAUAAGAAGAGAAGAGGGCUGUUGGAUGACUGGCUUCAUCCUUCAGAUCCGAGUGCCAUCACUGUCGGCCGACAAGAAUGUGCACCAUUGACUGUGAUCUGCAUGUGGGCCGGGAUAACACUUGAAAUCAUUUCAGUGGAUGCUGAUUGAAGAGGCGACAUUGGGCAUCAUUCUGUGGAGCAGCUUUGGCUUUUAUUUCUCUGCAUUUACUCUGCGCGCAUACAGUAGUUUUCUUUUUGAUAGACGCAUCUAAAAUUGCCACGAAAACAACAUUUGUCACUGAUACAGUGCUGCUGUGAAAAUUCUUGGUUUAUCUUAACACAUUUGAAACAGUCUGCUGUAUGACUCUACACAGUUUGCAGCGACAUAGAUGUGUUAAUGACAAAAGACACCAGAACAUGAGCCAGCUAUACAUGACUUCAAAUUAGAAAGCCGUGGGACAGCGACGCACACGGGGUGACGCGCUCAACGUUUCUACUCAUCUGUGAUCUGCUCAGACUGUUGCUCUCUCUCUGUCUCUCUCCGGUGCAGUCGUGCGUCCUGCCGCUCUCACUAACUCACCGCGGAGGGAUUCAGUGCCAACACUUUCUUGUUGGACGCAGCGCACUGUGAGCGCACAGCUUUUUUUUUUUUUCCAAAGACGCAAUCUGCGAAGUUUUGGUUUACAAACGCGGGAUAUUCCUCGGAGAUAAAAUGACCUGAGAGACGUGGUAUAACCAGCAGCUCUGGCGAAAGUGGCGCGUGGGCGCUUGAACGCCAGCGCCGUGCGUAAUAACUCUGGGAGCAGGUGGAUGGAGAGGCUGGCGGGAUGCAGCUUUCCAGCAGGUCAGCGCCGCUUCGGAGCCGUUGGACUCCAUAUAGUAUCUGCUGAAGGACACCUUGCCACGAUGGACUUGAUAUGAAGAUGAAGUUUUCAAUUUUCAAUUUAAAAAUCUAUCUUGCUCUAUUACUGUUUCUCUACAGCUGGGAUGUGACACUUGUGGUUCCUUAUUAUUGAAAAUCCCCAGUCAUCCCGAUCCCCAGAGCCCCAAAUCCCUAGACCCUGAAGUCUUUAAUUCCCAAGCAAAUCUUAGAAUUUACCACCUCAAGUUCCUUUACCCUUAUUUCCACAACCUUGCACCAUAAAACCAAUGCUUUUAAGCUUUUAAGCUGACUCAGUCAUAAUCAGACCUUUACCUCUUACCCCUUGCCAUCUUUAGACACUCUGAGCCCUUAGAUACCCUAAACCCAGUGGUGUAGUGGAGGGUAUACGCAGGUAUACGGGGUACACCCACUUCUUUUCCUGGUCAAUUACAGUAUACCCUCCUAUCAGCCUAAAAGGAAUAUAUAGGAGCGUAGUACACCUACCUCAUCAACUACCACUACACCACUGCCUAAAGCCCUCUCAGUCAUCAUGGCCUUGGAUCAGUGGCCCUUUCUCCCGACUCCCCCCAACAUCUCCAUCCCUGAGCCCCUCCUGUAUGACAGCUACAUCCAGGGGAAUGAGUCCGACCUGGACCUGAACAUCACCGAAACCAGGGAGCCUCACCAGGACAAGACCAGCUCCAUGGUCAUCACCUUCAUCUAUUUCAUAGUAUGCACCGUGGGGCUGUGCGGCAACGCCCUGGUUAUAUAUGUCAUCCUGCGCUAUGCCAAAAUGAAAACAGUGACGAACAUCUACAUCCUGAACCUGGCGGUGGCAGACGUCCUGUGCAUGAUGAGCCUGCCGUUCAUCGCCCUGCAGCUGGCGCUGGUGCACUGGCCCUUUGGGGAGGUGCUGUGCAGGGUGAUCAUGACUGUUGACUCUCUUAAUCAGUUCACCAGCAUCUUCUGUCUGAUGGUGAUGAGCAUCGAUCGAUACCUGGCUGUGGUCCACCCUAUUAAAUCCACAAAAUGGCGCAAGCCCCGUGUGGCCAAGCUAAUUAACCUGACAGUAUGGGGUGUGUCCCUGUUAGUCAUCUUGCCUACUAUGAUCUUCAGCGGCCUUGAUAAGGUGCCAGUGUGUGGGAUCGUGUGGCCGGAGCCCCAGGAUGUCUACUACACAGCCUUCAUAAUCUACACCUUCUUCAUAGGAUUCUUCCUGCCACUGGCAGUCAUAUGUCUGUGCUACCUGCUCAUUAUAGUCAAGGUAAAGUCGUCCGGCAUGCGAGUGGGUUCCACCAAGCGCAAGCGCUCUGAGCGCAAGGUGACGAGGAUGGUGUCCAUCGUGGUGGCGGUGUUCGUCCUCUGUUGGCUGCCUUUCUACAUAUUCAACGUCACCUCCGUCACCAGCUCUAUCAACCCCACCUCUGCUGUGAAGAGCACCUUCGACUUUGUAGUGGUGCUCGGCUACGCCAACAGCUGCGCUAACCCCAUCCUUUACGCUUUCCUGUCGGACAACUUCAAGAAGAGCUUUCAGAACGUCCUGUGCCUAAAAAAGGUGGCAGGCCUGGAUGAGAUAGAGCGCAGUGACAGCAGGGCAGACAGGAGCAGGAUGGUUAACGAUGCUAUGAUCAUCAGCGCCAACUUGGAGACUCACAAUGCUGCCCUGCUCAAUGGUGAACUGCAGACCAGCAUCUGAGCUGCAGUCACAUCCAGGGAGGCCUAAGAGACUCAGCAGUGGCGCUUCCAGACUGAUGAGCUACCAGUACACUGCCAUUGACCCUUGUUCAAAGACGCGGGGGCAGGAGGAUGAUGUAAUAGCUGUUGCUCAUGGACAUCGACACAUGAACAAAGUCUAAGUGAAAAACAAACAAUUUCGUAAGGGUUUGCAGAGGUCAGGGAAAGUACACUGACUUCAGCUCAAAACUCUUGAUAUUUGGGUUAACGAGGCAACUUGGGCUGGUUUGCCCUGAGGCGGAGCAAAAAUGUUUCUCGCCUGAAGUGAUUUUCAGCACAGCAGAAACAAGUGAUGUUGAAAUCAAACAUAAAUUAGAGUGCUCUGUAAGCUUGCCAGCAUUGAGGUUCCUUGAGUUGUAAAAAGUCAUGCAGACUGAACCAAAAUUGAAAAACAGGAGUGCAGGAUCUGAGAAUGGACUGCUGUGGACCCACUGGAGAAAUACUGGGGGUAAUUCACCCAUGGUAAAGAGAGAUCUAAAAGGAUAGAGCACCCUCCAGCUCACCUUGACGGAGUGUUUUGAGAGCUAUAAAGGGUCUGCAUUGAUUUGAGUGUGGAAAUACUGCUGAAGAAGUCAGCCAAAUGUUUCAGUGGAGAUCAGCCAACACUGUAAUACUAUAGACUUUGAAAGACAAAACUCUGAAACCACAAGUCAAAGGUGAAAAGCUUCAUGGCUAUGUUUUAUUCAUACCAGCUGAUUAAUGUCAACAUGACAUCUUAUUUACCGAAAACCGGAGGAUGCUCCUUCCUCUCUCUUGCUGGCACCUUGCGGGAGGAGCAGCAUUGAUCUGUAAACUCUCAAAUCAGACAUUCUGGAUUAUUGAUUAAGUAGAAGGAUGGAAAAACAUCUUGGCGGCCACUCUGACCUUGCCAUUUAUAAAACAGCUUGACUUUGUAUAUACAAAAUGGCUUUCUGUCAACCUCUGGGGGAAAGUUCCUGACAUGGAUGAUGACUCUGUGUCCUAACCCACAUGAAUUUCAAAGGCAUUCCCUGCUGUAAAGUUCUGUGUUCUUGUAAUUCAUCAUGGACAGCUCUGAAGCUACGUGUGUGAAUCCAUCAUAUGUACUUUAUACUUCACUCUAUAUGACUUUGCCUGGUCUUAAUAUUUCUCCCUGUGCCAGUGGUGCCAUUGUAAAGAGCCCAUUUCUACUUGUAAAGUGCUGUGUUUUGACAAUGUAAGAUUUCCUACUGAGUUCAUGCUGAAAUGUGGUCACUGCCCUCGGCUUCACAUUUGGUUCAGCCAGUGUGCGCUUGCAAGAAUGCCUCAGUUUCACAGAAGGCAGAAAAAUGUGUCAUGUAGUCUAACAGGGAGAAAAAGGCAGGAUAUAAGGAGACACAGAGAGAAGGAGAUGGAACACAUGGAGGCAAAACUUGACAGAUUUUCGUAGGGUGGAUGGAUACAGCUGACAGGAAGAGAGCAGUGUGUGUGUGUUUGUGAGGUGAGUGAUGAAGAGAGAUAGAAAAAUAGAGACAUAACUUUAAACACAUAUAUAAAAACUCUAUAAAUUGUUAUUAUAAGCCUUUUAACAGCCACUUUAGAUGUUACCAGCUCUUGUGCAACAAUGGCUCAGAAAGUCUGAUUGUAUUUGUUAAGUUAUAACUUUACUCAUAUGUAUCAAUAUAUCAAAUAUACAGUUUAAAGAUUUUUAAAAGGAUGGUAAAAAUCGAGGCAACAGGUGGUAUGGGUCAAGCUCUAAAAACUAUGGAUCCUACAUUUCCCAGGAUGCAACUGGAUCGUAUCUUUUAUCAGAACCUCUGAACCUGUUAAAUGCCCACAUUAAUGCUAAUUAAAAACAUGGAUUUAGUGUGAACUUAGUCAUGACAUUCCCACCAAGGCCACUUACUGUUAAAAUAUGAAUUGUAUGCUCACAUAUUGUAUACCAAAUGCCACAUAUAAUGUAGUUUUAACCUGUCAAGUGACCUUGAAUCAGUGUAUCUUGCAUCUCUCAGUGGCCUUCAUUACAUUGGAUGGAAACGAUUAGCAGGCAGCAGCUAUAGAUAAAUGUGCAUACAUCUGCAGUACAUUCCUGCACUAUUUAUAAUUAGCAGAAUCCUGAGAGACAGAAGACGGACAGGAUGCCAGACUGAUUAAUGGAAUAAUCAAUCAGUCAAUCAGUAGAAUGUCAUAGAGUUUACCCUGUUUCUUUUUCAGUUCACCAUUGUGGUUCAUAUUGAAAUAUCUCAACAACCAUUGGAUGGACUGUCAUGAAAUUUGGUACAGAUAUUCAUGGUCAUUGAAUUGUAAUAAAUUUGGUGAUCUCUUAACAUUACAUCUUGCAUUAUCAUAAGGUCCAAUUUUUAAUUUAAGACCAAAUACCUGCAAAACUAAUCACAUUCCGAUUAGCCUCAGCUGUACUUUGUGUAGUUUUUUAGGAACUGUUAGCAUGCUAACAGCUAAACAAGCCAGUAGGGGAAUGCCCAUAAUUCUGACAGCUCAUGACUCAGAAGCCCCAAUAGUCCAAAAAUGUCCCAUCGGACCAUAAGGCCAUUUGUCCAAUAGUCUGUUAUCCCAAAAACAAAUGUGCAUUGCUCUAAAGGGUUGUUUCUCUGAAAGUAGUUUACACACUCAUUAUGCAGAAUGAAAAGGACCUUCCAACAAUUGUGAAGACAUUACCCACCCUUUUCUGACUAUUCUAUUCUAUUCUCUGACUGGCUAGUAUGUUGCAUCGAUUGGUUGGGUUGGUUAGGUUAGGCAUGGCAUGACUAGGCAUGACGAAUGAGAUUUGGUUAAGGUUAGUAGUAGAAUAUCAGGGUAAGCCAAUCACAGGCAGAGUAAGGCAGGUCAUGCCUUCGCAUAAGUAGGAAGGUCCGAUGACAUCAUUUUGCAUAACAGUUAGCCAUGUACUUCUUUUUGGGCCUUUCAGUCUAUUGGGACAGUUUUUCAGACAACUGGGUCAGCAGAAUUAUGAAUCGUUGUAAAAUGGCAUGGAACCAAACAUCAUACCUGUUAAAUACCAGCAUGUUAGCAUGCCGAUGUUAGCACUGAGCUCAAGUACAGCCACGCAUCCACUAGCAUGGCUUUAGACAAGUUAGUUAGUUAGUAAAUUGGAAUGUCUGUUCACUUAUUUACAUUGAAAUAGCUCCAAUGAAUAUAUAUGUUUAGCAACCUUGAACUUAAACUUAUACCAUUUGUCAGGAUCAUCAGCUUUUAUAAAUUGGCUUGCUAGUAAAUUAGCUGGCUAAACAAAUAGCUGUUUGCUAAGCUGGGCUGACACCACUUAAUCUUGGAACGCACUGGCUAUCAACUGAUGACGAUAAAGCUUCUGGGGGGCAACAGGUGAUAUUUCGGAGGAUCCAGUGUAGCAAGGAAAUAUCCGGGACAAAACUCUUCCAUGCGCCACUCAUUUCAGCUAGUCUCUAAACACAGAAAUCUGCAUAUACAUGAUUACAUUUCGGCCAACUUGUGACGUGAUACAACAUGAUAGAUCAGUACUACUCUGAGUAUAAUCACAAACCACAAAUGCUUUUGAUAAGAAAAUCUUGUCCCAUUGCCUACAGAUUCUGCAUAUAUGCAUAUAUCUGUUUAUAGAGAUUAACUCCACUAAGCUACCGUUUCCUAAGUACAACGCUACAACAAAAGACCUUGUCACAGUGACCUAAACCUUAUCACUCCAUUAAUACUGACUGAAUGAGCCCACAUCCAUAGCAGAUACCUAUUUCCGUUUCAGCUAUCAACCUGUUUGUGCACAGUGGCUUUUCCAACGCGCCUCCAUGAUUGAGCCACACCUGGUUGCCAGGAGAUUUGUCAAAUAACUGCAAGCCUCUAUAGCAAUAAGGUCGUCCACCACAUGCUGCAGUGUCAGAUUCACUUCGUCCCAGUGUAUCAGUCAAGUCAUAAGCCAUCAAUCAGUGCAAUCAAAGAGAUGAAGGUCCAGACAGGGCUUGUCCUGGGAGGUUACGGCAGAAAAUAAUUUGGCAUGGUAUUCUUUCUCGCUGCUGUCACUGCUAGUUGUAGUAUUUGCAGCAGGGUCAGUCCCAUCUUCAUUCACAGGUCAAAAUACUCACAGUCAUAGACAUUUGAAGGCAUGCAUGUAGGUACAGUUUCAUAUGAUGUAUAAGAAUACAAGAAACUACACUCUCUAGCCAUGUUGCUCUCAAUGCGUCACACAGACGUAAGUUGUCUGAGUAAUGCAGAAGGUGAUGAGGGUGACCAAUUCCGCAUCAAGGAGUCAUACUGACCUAGACUGUGUUUGUGUAACUGUGUGAAACAUAACAUGCCAAGACCAAAGGCUGAAUGUGAGUGAUACCCAGUACCAGAAACAUGUUUGGAUUGCAACUCGAUUAUUACACGUAAAGAAACCUGUGAAUGAAACAUGUUGUAUCUUUUUGUAUAUCUGCCAAUAUUCUGCCAAAUGUGUAUCACAGCAAGAAACUCAUUUGACAAUCUCACCCAUUGCUGUUAAGGUAUUUAGCGCCUUCAAGCCUGAAGUGCAAAAACUAUUAUCUCAUCAUCCACAGUUAAUUACUUUUGCUCUGUCCUUCUAUCCUUCUCUCUCUCUCUCUUUCUUUUGCAUGCACAGCUGGUGCAGAAUAAUAUGAGCCGACACCAACCCAAACUCAACUGAGCUGAAAUGAACUGAACCAUACUGAAGGAAACACACUAUGCCUGUUGUUGCCGCUGGCUAUUUGGACAUACUUAAUGGACUUAAUGUACUUAAUGGACCAUUCUGAUGUUUAUUAGAUGUUGAUAACAAGGUUUGUGCCAAAACCAGUGUAAAUGUAGCGCUAAAAGGACAGCUGAGGAAAUGAGAUGGUGGCGGUUGUCAUUUUGUGAAAUCCACACCUAAUUAUCUCUCUGAAAAUGAGGUCAUAUUCUGGAAAAGUAAUUUGGGUCGACAUGGCUCUUUGUUCACCAGGCACAAUUAACUGCCAAAUGUGAAAAGGACAUUUGUCCGUAUUUCUGUCUGGUUCCUGCCACUGUAUAGUGUACAGAUGAGAGGAAGAAGCAGGGGAAUGGGAAACCUCUGCCUUCUUGUGCUCAAGUUUCUUUUUUCGGAAACACAAGUUCAUUUGCGAAGGGCUAGAACGUGUACUCCUGAGGAUGCACUGUUCAAUAUUAACUCUAUGUAUUUGUGGUAUCCUCUGCUUGUUCUUGCAUGGGGAAGAUUGCGUAUCCCAUUUUAUGUGUCUCCUCAUUAACCAAAACCAGUGUUACACACUUACUGGGUGGCCACUUUUUUUUGCUAGGAACACGAUCAGAAAAAAAGGUACAGAGAUGUGCUUGAGUUUGGGUUCAGCUUUAGCAACAGCAGGUGCAACUUUGUAGCUUUUUAAGUUAUGAUCAGCAGCAAAUACCAGUUGAUCUCAAAGAAAUAAAACUGUAUGUAGGUUUCAACACUACAGAUGAGAAUCUUGAUUGAGCCACAUUUUAGCCAGGCUGGUCAUAACUUACAUGCUUGUUUCUGACAGUGUACAGCCAUGGAUACUUUUAUGUGCAGUUACUUUUAUCUAUGUGCCUUGAAACUAAAUAUAAACUCAUGUGAUGACAUCAAUGUACAGCAAAACAACAUUGUAACCUGUUUCUCCAAAAGUCAAACAACCAAAGGCCUUUGUACUGUACAAACAUGUUGGUAACCAAAACAUAACACAGACCUAUUGUAUAUCAUUUUAGUACUAUCUCCCCAGCUUACAUAGCUUAUGUUUGUGUGAUAUAAUGUGGGAAGCAGAUGUUUAUUUGUGACUCUUUAUUGUUGCAUAGAAUAUAAUGUGAUCAUUGAUUGUAAUGGACAGGCCACAGUGUCCUCGUCUCUGCAAUUAAAAUGCAGACCAGUUUCUGCUCCCAUGGUCAAA